UACUCUCUCGUUGUCGUCAUAUAUAGGAGAAACGGCGCUGGAGGAAAGCCGAAACGAAAAGGGGCGCAAGAAGGAGAACGGCCCAGCCCCUUCAGGCUGCAGUACAUGUCAUGAAAUUUGUUUGCGGCGCGUGAUGUGUCAUUUCCUGCGUGCACCUGAACGUCAUCGGUGAAUCUUUGCGUUCAGCUUUUCUUUUCGCCUUAGACACGGGAGACAAUAAGACCUUCGGAGGAUCGGCUGCACGGGUAACGUUCAGCGAAAAUGUCAAGUUCGUUGAAGCCUUAUCUCACAGCGGUGAGACGUACGUUGACUGCUGCCAUGUGUCUUGAAAAUUUUUCAUCUCAAAUUGUUGAAAAACACAACAAGCCAGAAGUAGAAGUACGUGCUAGUAGGGAAUUACUUCUCACACCAAUAUUAAUUAGUAGGAAUGCCAAUGAGAAAAUUUUGAUCGAGUCUAGUAUAAAUAGUAUGAGAAUAAGUAUAGCUGUAAAGCAAGUGGAUGAUCUAGAAAGAAUUUUGUGUCAUAAAUUUACAAGAUUUAUGACUAUGCGUGCAGAAAAUUUCAUGAUUUUAAGGAGAAAACCCAUAACGGGUUAUGAUAUUAGCUUUUUAAUUACAAACAUUCACACAGAACAAAUGUACAAACAUAAAAUUGUAGACUUUGUUAUUCAUUUUAUGGAGGAAAUUGAUAGAGAAAUCAGUGAAAUGAAGCUUUCAAUGAACGCUAGAGCUCGUACAUGUGCUGAAGAAUUUUUAAAGAGGUUCUAGUCCGAAGCUCUUCAAUAUUGAGGUUCAAAGAAAUAAGAAUGCAAUUAUAACAUGGAUGUAUUCUGUUAAGAAAACCACCUAUCGUCUGUUAUCUAUCUCUGGUUUCAUGCAUUCUGGAGUAGUACCAAACUUUACCUUGUUAUCGCUGUUGGUAGUGCAACAUAAGAGUGGAGAUAAUGUAUUAAAGGAUAAAAAGAUAUGAAUUGCGGGUGCUGUAAUGUCUGUUUCACAAAUACAAGCACAAGGAAGUAUAAACAUGUAUGAAUGGAAAUUUUUUUUAUAAGUGUGUAAUAAUUUUAAGUGAAUGAUGGGUUUUGAUCAAAGUUUUGCUUUACCGACACUUUUAUUGUUGCAUUUUUCUUAAAUAAUUAUUAUGUGAGUAAACUUGCAAUCAGCUUCCGUUUUUAAAACACAACAAUUUUGGGAAAAAUUUGUUUUGUUUUAAAAAUUCC